AUGGGACGGAUCAGCUAUUUCUUCGGAGGCGGUGCGGCGGACGACUUCUUUGCCGGUGGCCGGUCCUUGCGGUGGUACGUGGUGGCUGGCUCGCUGAUGUUGACCAAUCUCUCGACUGAACAGCUCGUCGGACUUAAUGGCUCUGUUUAUAAGGAUCAAAAUCUCGCGGGCAUCUGGCUGGAAGCGGGAGCUGCAAUCGCAAUGAUCAUCACAGCCACCGUGUUUUUGCCGCGCUACAUGUCCUUGGGUUUGACCACCACUUCUGGUUUCUUAGGUGAGCGAUUUGAUCUUUUUACCCGAACCAUGGGAUCUGUUCUUUUCCUGCUCUACUAUGUCUUUGUGCUUUGCCCUAUUGCACUGUACACGGGGGCUUUGGCCAUUCGAAAUAUCUUUGACCUCCAAUCGCUGCCCCUUUGGAGCAUCAGCGCAAUCAUUGGCACAUUUGGAGCCUGUUAUGCCCUCUUUGGUGGAUUGAAGGCCGUGGCAGUUUCCGACUGCCUCAAUGGCAUUGGUUUGCUCAUUGUGGGCAUCUGGGUGCCAGCAGCUGCGCUUUAUCAGCUGGGUGGUGUUUCCGAUCUUUUCCAUGAACCUGAAGUUUUGAAACCCUUGGUGGAGCACAGUGUCCUUGCACCCUGGCAUGUAUUGUGCAACUGCCCCUUUCCUGGAGUGGACGGAGUCUGCGCUUUGUGCCGGUGUGUCUCCCGGCUGGUGGGGGAGUUCAGAGCACUUCAGCCUGUACUGCGAUCCUGGGGGGUCAGCCAGGCCAGGCAGUGGACUUCCCUGCUCCAAGAAGAGCAAGCUCAACAGCGGGCCAGGGACAGGCUUUGUGCUCCUGUGGGCCCUCCUACUACGGGAGGGUUACCAGUGCCUCCCCCACCUCCUCCUCGUACGGAGGGCAUUGCGGUGAAGAGGGAGGCGGCGGCGAGCGCACCAAGCGCCCCAGCCGAGGUUGCUGAGGCACCUUCCUCGAGCGCCCGGGGAGCUAGAGAGGAGGCUGAGAGAUCCAGAUCGCGUCAAAAGCCCAAGAAAGAAAAGAAGAAGGAGAAGAGUCUGCACGUGGAAGCAGAGAAGCUUUCAUUGACAAGAGGCCCGUCAGCAGGGCAAGGAGUCCGAGACUGGAAGAUAGAGACAGGGGCAGAGGCAGACCCCGAGAACCAGAGCAUCCUCCUAGAAGGCGCAGGUGAGCAGAGUCAGAAGGGCGAAGCAGAAGAAAAGUUUGUGAACGGAGAAGAGGUGGAAGCCAAUUUGGCUCCUUUGGGAAGAUUGGUGCAAGGUACUCCUGUCGUCGUCGUUGGGGAGUACCGACAAGAAGGAUGUCGUCUUUGCGGCACAGUGCAGGGCCUCCAAGUGCGCCACGUGGGCGAUGUAGAGUUGCAACUGACAGGGGAGGGGACGGAAAGCGAGUCCCUCCUGAAGUGGAUCACCGGGCACCCCACGGUGCCAGUGCGGGUCCAUCUGUGCGGCUCAACUUGCCCCAACAAGGUGGACGCAGAAGGUCUAGUACACGCCACAAAAAUCCGACAGAAACAGAGGAGCGACGAGGGAGGCUGGUCAGAGAACCUGCGAGAAGGAAGAGACGAGAAUGCAGAGCUGAGGAGAGAAGCAAUGGCAUUGCAAGAGAAGGAAGCGAAGGAGAAAGAGAGAGCAGACCAGAAAAGAGACGACAAGAAAACAAAGAAAAAGAAAAAGGAGAAGAAGAAAAGAUCCUCAAGCACCGGAGGAUCCAGCCGAAAGAAGGUGAGAUCGAGCAGAAAGAGGGUCAACUCACGAAAGGAGCUGAAGGAUGUCUUCGGGUCAACUGGCCUGGACCCCAAUUACAAAGUGAGGAGGAAACUGGUGAAAGCAUUGAAGAAGAAGUUGAAGAGGAAGAAGGAGGAGAGCACCAGCGGCGAUUCAAGCUCCAUCGAUGGGAGCGGGGAGAGCAGCGACCAGGGCAGCUCCGAGGACGAGGGGAUCUUCGGGGACACCCACAAAGUGCGGGUGGUGGCCCGCCGAGCUCCAGGAGUUCUAGCGGAGAGCACUAUCAGGGAGAUGCAGAGUCAACUCCUGACGGCAGCAGGCACAGUUUGGGACCAGGAGAAAGGGGAGGUGCCUGCGGUGGCGCUGCAAUAUUACCGCAACCAUCUGGCCCCCCUCCUUUCAGGGGGGGCCAGCCGAGAAGCUCUGACCUUGUGCUGGAGCUUAGACCUGGCGCUUCAGGGGAAGUUGCCAACACGGUCGACUGCUUGGCGCAAACGGGGACAACUGACAAGCCGCGCAGAAACACAGGCCGCGGCCAAGGAGGACAAGGAGGAGCAGAAGACGAGAGCGUUAGCAAAAGGAAAAGAAAAGGGAAAGAGCGAGAGUUCAGGGGCAGGGGCCCCGUGGCGAUACGGAAAGGGCGCGACAAAGGGAAAGGCAAGAGGUUUGGGAGGAGAGCCACAAAGAAGCUAUGAAGAGGUGCGAGGAGCCCCCUGUGGCCUUAGUUUAAACCAGGGGAAGACUGCCCACGGCCGGGACACUGUCCUUGGACAGGACCGGGCCAGGUGCAGUACGGGAGUGCGCGAAGAUCGCCCUCCUGACAGCCCUGAAUGUGGACCCUGGGUGCGUGGACACGGUUCUGUGUGGAAACCGCCUAUAGGUCUUAUGGGGCAUGGCGCCGGAGAGAGGUCAGAUGGCGCAGGCGUUUUUCCACAGUUUCAUGUUUCACCUAGUGGCGAAGCUCCGGACAGCCAGUUCGCUGGUAGUCCCUCGGCGUCAUCCAACCGAUGCUUAGGUGACUUUGCAGAUAGUCACUUGGACGAUGCCCCGCAGACCUUCGAUCGCAGUGGUGAGAAAAAGAAGAUGAAGGAUCCGAGUGAAGUCAGGGAGUGUGGUCGAGUUGAGAAACUUGUUGGUUUAUCCUGGGGUUCCUGUUUGCCCUUAGUUCAGUCACUGCUGAUUAAAUCUUCUUCAAAAUUGAAAAAGAAGCACAGCGAGGCCAAGCCCACGGGUGACGUAUUCCCGUUACCCACCAGCACUGACAUUUUAAGGGGGCAGGAACGUCUGGCCAGGGUUGAUGUGGUUAUGCUGCGGUCUCUUUGCUUGGGUCUCAAUAGUUACGCGGGAGUUGACUUAGAGUCAGGGGCCAGAGUAACUCCUUUGCAGCUUGAGUUCCUGGAAGGGCUGUGCGGAGAUUUAGCAGAGGUUUCAACAUGGGAAGAGACGUUUAGCUUGUCUACUUGGGAAUCCUUUUUUAGUAGUCGCAGUGUAGACUAUGUUGGUGAUGAAGUGUCGGUGGCAAAAACUACUUCUUGGUCCAACCUUAGUCCAGCUAUACCUGCAGAAGUAGGAGGGGUGGAGCUGUCUUCGGUAUUGGAAGGGGGUUGCAGACACUACGUCACACAUUUCGAGGACUACCUAGUCCCUCCUGAAUCCAUGGAAUACACCAAGCCUCCGAGGGUCAUGGUAGCUGAUGACCAAUGGGAGGGCGUCUGUCGAGGUCUCCUGUCAUCGGGUAUCUGUGGCCUUCUCCCGGAGAGCGAGUUGUUCCAUGUGAAGGGGAGGCCUCUCCUAAAUGGCCUCUUCGGAGUGCCCAAGGGAGACAGAGCAGGAGCCAACACGGAUUUUGCCACUUUCCUUACCAGACAGCCGAUGAACGGGCCGAGGAAAGCUCUCAUUCAGGGAGGUAGCGAUCUCCUCGUUAA